CUAGUUCGAGUGCGAUUGCCGCUGCUGCUGGUGCUGGCUGAAAGUUGGCCCUGUUGGUGGAUACUUGUCGUUUUUUUUUUGUGGCCCAGAGCGGUUUGUUUGCCCGCGAGCAAAAAUGCAGAAGGCCGAGUUUUAAAUGAAUUACUGAUCGGCUGAAAGUGUUACCCAUUCGUAGGGGGCCGCCAAAACAUCCAUCACACACAGUUUGCGGAAGUGCAACGAAAAGAGCAACAAAUCGAGGAAAAGGGUGGUGAAAAGCGAGCGUAGGGAGCUGAAAAAAUUGCAUUGCCUUCUUUUGGGCGCACAAAGAAAAUGAGCGCAAAGAUGACGCGCUACAAGCAAACCGAAUUCACGGAAGACGACUCGAGUUCCAUUGGCGGCAUUCAACUGAACGAGGCCACCGGCCACACUGGCAUGCAGAUACGCUACCACACCGCUCGGGCAACAUGGAAUUGGCGUUCGAGGAACAAGACGGAGAAAUGGCUGCUCAUCACCACCUUUGUAAUGGCCCUCACGAUCUUCACGCUCCUGAUCGUCCUUUUCGCAGAUGGAGGCGGCAGCGAUGGCACCAAGCACGUCCUGCACGUCCAACCCCACCAAAAAGAGUGUCCCGCGGGAAGUGAGCUUCCCUGUCUGAAUAAGCACUGCAUCUUCGCCUCCAGCGAGAUCCUCAAGUCCAUCGACGUCACCGUUGAUCCCUGCGAUGACUUCUACGCAUAUUCCUGCAAUCAGUGGAUCAAGAACAACCCCAUUCCCGAGGGCAAGUCCACGUGGGGCACGUUUGGGAAGCUGGAGCAGAUGAACCAACUGAUCAUCCGCAACGUGCUGGAGAAGCCGGCUAAGAGCUUCAAGUCGGAGGCCGAGCGAAAGGCCAAGGUUUACUACGAGUCCUGCCUGGACGCGGAUGAGCACAUGGAGAAGCUGGGGGCCAAGCCCAUGAACGACCUCCUGCUGCAGAUUGGCGGCUGGAACGUGACCAAGAGCGGCUACAACGUGGCCAACUGGACGAUGGGCCGCACCCUCAAGAUACUGCACAACAAAUACAACUUCAACUGCCUGUUUGGCUGGGCGAUCGGGGAGGACGACAAGAACUCCUCGCGCCACGUCAUCCAGAUCGAUCAGGGCGGCCUAACCCUGCCCACCGCCGACUACUACAACAACAAGACGGACAACCAUCGCAAGGUGCUCAACGAGUACAUCGAGUACAUGACCAAGGUGUGCGUCCUCUUGGGGGCGAACGAGUCGGAGGCCCGCACCCAAAUGGUCGGCGUGAUCAACUUCGAGAAGAAGCUAGCCAACAUCACCAUCCCGCUGGAGGAUCGGCGCAACGAGGAGGCCAUGUACCAUCCGAUGCAGCUGCGCCAGCUGGCCAAGCUGGCCCCGUUCCUCAACUGGACGGACCACUUCGACAACGCCAUGCAGAUGGUGGGCCGCCGGGUCACCGACGACGAGGUGGUGGUCGUCUACGCCCCCGACUUCCUCAAGAAUCUGUCCGACAUCAUCCUCAAGAUGGAGCAGACCGAUGAGGGAAAAAUCACCCUGAACAACUAUCUCGUGUGGCAGGCGGUGCGCACGCUGACCAGCUGUCUGUCCAAGCCCUUCCGCGAUGCCUACAAGGGCGUGAGGAAGGCCCUCAUGGGAUCGGAUGGCGGCGAGGAGAUCUGGCGGUAUUGCGUCUCGGACACCAACAACGUGGUGGGAUUCGCCGUGGGCGCCAUCUUCGUGCGACAGGCCUUCCACGGCGAGUCCAAGCCGGCCGCUGAGCAGAUGAUCGGCGAGAUCCGCGAGGCCUUCAAGACGAACCUGCAGAAUUUGACGUGGGUGGACAAGCAGACGCGCGAGAAGGCCAUCGAGAAGGCCAACGAGAUCUCGGACAUGAUCGGAUUCCCCGACUACAUACUGGACCCCGUCGAGCUGGACAAGAAGUAUGCAGAACUGAACAUCACGCCAAACGCCUAUUUCGAGAACAACAUCCAGGUGGCCAUCUAUAACCUGAAGAGCAACCUGAAGCGUCUCGACCAGCCGGUGAAUAAGACCAACUGGGGCAUGACCCCGCAGACGGUGAACGCCUACUACACGCCCACCAAGAACCAGAUCGUCUUCCCCGCGGGCAUCCUGCAGACGCCCUUCUUCGACAUCAACAACCCCAAGAGCCUCAACUUCGGGGCCAUGGGCGUGGUCAUGGGCCACGAGCUGACCCACGCCUUCGACGACCAGGGACGCGAGUACGACAAAUUCGGCAACAUCAACCGGUGGUGGGACCCGAAGAGCAUCGAGCGCUUCAACGAGAAGUCCGAGUGCAUCGCCCGUCAGUACAGUGGGUACAAGAUGAACGGACGCACCCUCAACGGCAAGCAGACGCUGGGCGAGAACAUAGCCGACAAUGGCGGUCUGAAGGCGGCCUACCACGCCUACCAGCGCACCAAGAGCGACCGGGAUGUGGAUGUCCUGAAGCUGCCCGGCCUGAAUCUCACCCACUCGCAGCUCUUCUUUGUGUCCUUUGCCCAGGUUUGGUGCUCCAGCACCACGGAUGAAACGAACCUGCUGCAGAUGGAGAAGGAUCCGCAUUCGCCGUCGCAGUUCCGGGUGAUCGGCACAUUGUCGAACAUGAAGGAGUUCGCCGAGGUCUUUCAGUGCAAGCCCGGCAAGCGAAUGAACCCCACCGAAAAGUGCGAGGUGUGGUAAACAGAACUGCGCAAUCCCGAUCUCAGAACGAGCCAAAGAUAGAGAUACAGAUACAGAUAGAGAUACAGAUACAGAUACAGAUAGGGAUAGAGAUAGAGAUAAAGAUUGGGUCAGAGCCAAAGCCAAAGCCAAAGUCGAGCAAAUACAGCAUCGUGAGCGGAUAGAUGGUGCGAUUGGGACGCUGACUGGGCUGGUAUUUUAUUGUUUCAGUUGUGCCCGUUUUUUUUCGCCAUUUGUAUUUUGUCGAAAGACCGUCAGUGAUUGUGCCUAUGAAAAUGAUAGAAGCUGACGAUAAAUUCACGUUUGUGCUCCAAGAGGUCUGGAGCUGGGGAUUCCACAUCCUGGAGCAGGAUCAAGGGGACCUUUAACUACAUUUGAAUGUGAACGCACGAGCUACCAACUAUAUGGGUGGGUGUGUGUGUGACAUGGAGUAUUACGGAGUACAGAGCACACACCCAAAGGGCUGAUAUAUAUAUAUAUAUAUAUAUAUAUAUAUAUAUAUAUAUAUAUAUGAUAACGAUAAACGAUAACUGUAACUUAGCUAUUUGUAGAACUAUCAAUGUAUAAUGUAUUGCAAAAGAUACAAAGUUCGCAAGCUCAUGGCCCAGGGGAAAAAUUAUUUUCCGGGUCUCCGCUUUUUUUGUAUGUCUAAGAUACAUGUUGAAGUCAUUCUAAAGACCUUUUCAAAAUCUCAACUUUUUCUCAAAUUACAUUUAAACCGAGGUUCCUGAGAAAAGGAUAGGAAUUGGACUUUGAAAUGUAGCAAAAAUAUAGCUAGUGAUUGUGAAAGUGAAGGAGAUAGAGAUAUAGAGUGAGAGGCGAACAGUUUUAAAGCUUUUGAGUUGCCAAAGUGAAUAUAGUAAAAAUAGCUGGUUGAUUAAGUUAAACAUUUAAAUACGUUAAAAGUUACGAAAAGUUAUUUUGAAAAUUAUGUGUACACUUUUUUUAUACAUAUGAGUUUCUUAACGGGGGCUUAAGUGUGCUUAUUGUUGAUUUAUCUUUAAUUUACUAUCUUAUGAAGCAGUGAAAAAUAGGCAAAGGCUGAAGUGCAAAGAUCAGUAAUAAACACCAAUUAAUCACUAAUUGCUCAGAUAUUGAGACUAUAUAGCCAACCAAAUUGGACGAGUUUUCUUUUCUAAGAAAGAAAAACAUAUCAGACUAAGAGCCAACACCAACCAAAUAAAUCUAUGGAAUUUAACUAGGCACCAAUCGAAAUCAAUCCAAGAGAUUAGCUAUAAGAUAUGAACACUCUCAAGCCGAAUCAGUCAAAGCACAAAUCUCCAUACUAUGUAGUCAAUAUGGCCUAAAGGUAAUUCGGUUAGUAACCUUCCUAUCCGGUUUCGGUUGUCACACAAACACGAACAUGCGAAUAAUGCAUUUAGCUUUUAGUUUUUUUUACUUUAUUGGACCAUUGGGGGUUUCGGGGGCAUUAAAAAAAAAUUGUUUUGUUAUUGUUCCUUUAAACAUGCAUUUAUAAGUUUCCCUGAUCAUUUCGUGGGUAGAAAAGUGGGGGUUAAGUAAAGGGGUAUACUAUCAGAACCCCCCCUCGUAUCCACCACUGCUGUGGAGAUAUCAAGCAGAUGAUUUUUGUAUUCUGUAUAUGUACUAUACGAUAGACGAAGAAAUGAUAACUAUAAUACAUAUAUUAAAAUAUUAUUAUUAUACAAACUACAUAUACAUUAACUGAAUGUUUAAAUGCAAAUUAUUUUUAUUGUCUAUUAAUAAAGUGUAUAUGAACAUGUAUACAUUCGCAAAGAAAAAAGAAUAAAGAACCCUAUGGUCUAGCGUCCCGACUAUGGGAUACCCACUA